GUUAAGCCUGAUCUUUUUCUGUUUGUGAAAGAGCUGAGCAGAGCUGAAGGCUGCAUGGUGGUUUCAGAAACUGCCUACUUAAUUUGAAAAGAACAAUGGUAGGAAAGGCUAGAUCUUCCAAUUUUACCUUAUCUGAAAAGCUUGAUUUGCUAAAGCUUGUGAAGCCAUAUGUUAAAAUUCUCGAAGAACACACCAAUAAACAUUCAGUAAUAGUGGAAAAGAAUAGAUGUUGGGAUAUCAUAGCAGUUAACUAUAAUGCAAUUGGAGUAGACCGCCCUCCUCGAACAGCACAAGGCCUACGUACCCUUUACAAAAGGCUCAAAGAAUAUGCCAAACAGGAGCUAUUGCAGCAAAAGGAGACCCAAUCAGAUUUUAAAAGCAAUAUUUCUGAGCCAACCAAGAAAGUUAUGGAGAUGAUUCCCCAGAUUUCCAGUUUUUGCCUGGUAAGAGACAGGAACCACAUACAAAGUGCAAACUUGGAUGAGGAAGCACAGGCUGGUGCCAGCUCACUGCAGGUAAUGUUGGAUCACCAUCCGGUUGCUAUUACUGUGGAGGUGAAGCAAGAAGAAGACAUUAAGCCUCCUCCACUGGUUUUAAAUUCUCCACAGAAUGAUACUUUACAGCAAAGAGAAGAACACGAAGUAGUACAUGUUAUGGAAAGAUCUUUGUCGCCAUCACUUUCCUCUGUUGAUAUGAGAAUGACAUUGUCUCCAUCUUCUAUCCCAAGGAGAGAUGACUUUUUUCAACAUGAGAGUGGAGAUCACUUUAGAUCACAAUUAGGAUAUAAUCCUCAGAUUCUGCAGAUGCUGAAAGAGGAGCAUCAGAUAAUUUUAGAAAAUCAGAGAAAGCUUGGAUUAUAUAUUCAGGAGAAAAGGGAUGGACUGAAAAGAAGGCAGCAACUAGAAGAAGAGCUGCUUAGAGCAAAAAUUGAAGUGGAGAAGCUUAAAGCAAUUCACUUACAACACGAUCACCCUGAGUAUAAUAGUAUUUAAAUUUUUUUUUUCUAGCUCUUCUAUGUGACCAUUUAAGUUUUGGCCAAGUUAUUUUUGUUGAGAAAUCUAGUGGUUUGGGAGCUGGUGGCAGUGGAUAAAGCAUUGAACUUUCAAGCAUGAGGUCCUGAGUUCAGUGGCAGCACAUGUACCUGAGUGAUGUUUGGUUCUUUUUCUUUCUCUCCUUCUGUCUUCAUGAAUAAAUAAAUGAAAUCUUUAAAGAGAGAGAGAGAGAAAUUCUAAAACAGAAUGCAUAUUCAUAAAGAAUGCUAAUAUGAAAAAAAAUUGACAUGAUUUUCUAAGACAAUUUUCUUUGGAGAUUUUAUAAACUUUUGAUUACAUAGCAUGACAGUAUGCAUCUUAGUAGUCUCCUUUUUUCCUUAAGAAGUUCAGUUAUUGGCCUUACAGAAGAUACUUUAUUUUGGUCAUUAAAGCUAGCAUACAUAAAUAUUCUUUCAACAUUGUUGUUCUUUAGCAUUUUACUUAGAGCUGUGAAAGCUGUAGUUUAAAAAAAAAUCAUUCAAAUACAGAAGCAAUACUAGUCUAGUAAUAGAAGCUUAUCUACAUGUCAUUUUUAAUGUGAGCACUUAACCAGGUGCACCACCACUUGACUCCGUCUUUGUCAUUUUAUUUUUAUGCUUUCAGUAUUUGAAGGAAUAAAUCCAGGGAAUUUGGAGCUGUAGGUAUUUGGGAACACUUUUUUCGUAGCCUCUUCAAUUUACAGGUAAAAACUGAAGUUUACAGGAAUCUCAAUGAUCUACUCCAUGUAACAAAGUUAAUACUUGUGACAGAGCAAGAACCAGCUCUCAGUUUUUAUUAUUUGGGAAUCUUUCCCUUGCAGUUCCACAUAUGUAAAAAUUCAUUACAUUAAUGCACUAGCCAUAUGAAAAUUCAAAGCAAUGUACGUCAUUAAAAUUGUUUUUAUGGAUUGGUAUUCAGUGAAUGGGGAAUUGUAUCAGUUACCCACAUUCUCCCUCUGGACAUUCUUUUUGUCCAGCAAAACAAAACAUUCUGUAGGAACUAUUAUAUAUUUUGGCUGUAAGAUUUAAUAUAUUGGGGCUGGGUGGUUAUAUACCCAGCAGAGUGUAUACAAAUUUAGUUACUGUGCUUGAGAAUCUGAGUUCAAGCCCCAGUUUCCCAACUGUGAGGAGUAGAUUGGCAAGCUCCUUUGUCUCUCCCUCUUAUCACUUCCCCCUCUUUCUCUCUAUUAAAGGAAAUGAAAGGGAAGCAAAAGAAGGGGGCUUGGGGAAAGGAAGGAAAGGAAAGGAGAAAAUAAUGAUUGCCUAGAGAGGUGGUAGAUUCAUUGUGCAGGCACUGAGCCUUGGCAAUAACCCUGGUAGAAAUAUGUCUUACAUUUGAAUCUUAUUUUGAAAACUACUUCUUUCACAGUAAAAGCCUCUAUUAAAAUUUUGAUGAUCAAAAUUGGUGUGUUGGUAUAGUGGUGAGCAUAGCUGCCCUCUGAAGUUCUACUUUUGAAUGAAGA